CCCGACACCGCCCCGCCCCUCCGGGCGGUCCUCGCUCCUUCGCCGGGGGGCCUCGCCUCAGCCUCCGUUUCGCCUCCCGGCCCGGGCGUCGCUGUGCGGGCUGCGAAGCUCCCGCGACCCAGAAGCACUCGGGCGCGGGCGGAGCGGUGGGGCAGUGUAGCUGCGCCAUGGCCGCGUCGGCGUGGUGCUGCCUGCGCUGCUGCAGGGACGGCGGGACUGGCCACAUUCCUCUCAAGGAGAUGCCGGCCGUACAGUUGGACACGCAACACAUGGGAACAGAUGUUGUCAUAGUGAAAAACGGAAGAAGAAUCUGUGGCACCGGAGGUUGUUUAGCCAGCGCACCCUUACAUCAGAACAAAAGCUACUUUGAGUUCAAAAUCCAGUCUACCGGAAUCUGGGGUAUAGGUGUUGCAACUCAGAAAGUUAACUUGAACCAGAUUCCUCUUGGUCGUGACAUGCAUAGCCUGGUGAUGAGAAAUGAUGGAGCCCUGUACCACAACAACGAAGAGAAAAACAGGCUGCCGGCAAACAGCCUUCCUCAGGAGGGAGAUGUAGUGGGUAUAACAUAUGACCAUGUAGAAUUAAAUGUAUAUUUGAAUGGGAAAAACAUGCAUUGUCCGGCAUCAGGUAUACGAGGGACAGUGUAUCCAGUUGUAUAUGUUGACGACAGUGCAAUUCUGGAUUGCCAGUUCAGUGAAUUUUAUCAUACUCCUCCACCUGGUUUUGAAAAAAUACUAUUUGAGCAGCAGAUCUUCUGAAUGAGUUUGUUUUCAAAACUUAGACCUCUGCACCAUCACACAAGCGCUUACCACUUAAUAAAGCUCUUCUUGAUCUAGAGACACGCACACAUGCUGAACAGUGAGCUUCUUAUUGUUGUCCAAGGAACCUAUGGAUCCAUUAGACCACCCUGAGGUUUGAUUUAAAAGAUCUAGGCAACUUAUUUCAUCUUAUUUAAACAAAUAAACCAUGGGUUUGAUUAACAGUAUUAUGUGGUAACAUGUAUAUAAAUAUUUAAAGGGAAUUUUUCUUAUAUAAAAUAUUUGUUUGACA